AUGGCAAUGGCAAUGGCUUGCACCACCGAAAGAAAAACAACACCACCAAAUAGAAAUAGGUGGGCUGAUGAGCUCCUACUUGAACUGUUUGAGUUGAUCUUGAAAAAGCUCGCUUCAAAUGUCCUCGACAUCAUUCGGUUUAAAGCCGUCUGUUCUUCCUGGAACCGCGCUGCUGCAAGAUCGUAUACCUCUGCCCCCUUGCCUCAAUAUCCAUGGCUCAUGCCCUCCAUCCCCAAGACCCCUCCUAUUGAUCAUGAGAGCAGGUGCUUCUUCAGCCUUGCAGAGAAUAAGGUUUACAAGAUGGACUGGAACUGGAAGAAAACGUUUCAUGGCGAUGGUGUUUCCCGUUUGGGUUCAUCACAUGGGUGGCUGGCGAUUAAGGAGGUGAACACAGAAAAGAAAAUCUACAACGAAUAUAAAGAAAUCGUUCAUCUUUUCAAUCCAAUUUCUAGAGAACGCUUGACGCUUCUCUUGGCGCCAAAAAUGACUAGAACUGAUAAAGUUGUGCUUUCCUCGGACCCCUCCCACAACAACAACUUUGUAGUUGUGGUAAUUCAUAGUCGCUUCUUCGAAGGGACAGGGUUAGCUUUCUAUCAGCAUGGCAGAGGAGGAGACAACGCUGCUGCUUGGACUAACUUAUCACAUGGGAGUAGCUGUGCGGAUAUGGUAUUCCACAAUGGUCAUUUAUUUACACUGUCCAUCGUCCACACAAUUCAAGUUUGGGACUUCAGGGGCACCCAUGAUAAUAAUAAUUAUCCCAUGAAGAUCAUGAAUUUUCGACCUUCCAUCGAUGGGAAUGUCAAUAGCAUGGCGGUUGAUGAAUAG